UCGGAUACCUUUGAGCUGCGUCUGUUGACGUGGCUGGGUCUGUCGGUGUCUGUGGUGUGUCUGUUGCUGUGCAUCCUGACUUUCUGGCUGUGUCGGUCCAUCCAGGGGACACGCACCACCAUCCACCUCCACCUCUGUGUCUGCCUCUUCAUCGCUGACCUCGUCUUCCUCACCGGCAUCUCUCACACACAGAGCAAGGGAGGAUGUAGGGUUGUAGCCGGUCUCCUCCACCUGUUCUUCCUAGGAUCCUUCAGUUGGAUGUUGUUAGAGGGGGUUCAGCUCUAUCUCAUGGUGGUCCUGGUCUUCAACACUACCUGUAAACCUCUGUACCUGUAUGCUGUGGGAUAUGGCCUGCCACUGGUUGUUGUCAUCAUCUCUGCUAUCACCUACCCGGAUGGAUACGGUACCACACAACACUGUUGGUUGUCUCUGGAGAGAGGAUUCAUCUGGAGUUUCUUCGGCCCAGUGUGCACCAUCAUCAUCCUCAACGCUUUCAUCUUCAUCAUCACUGUUUGGAGGCUGGCCCAGAAGUUCUCGAGUCUCAACCCUGACCUCUCCAACCUAAACAAGAUCAAGGUGUUCACAGUGACAGCAGUGGCCCAGCUGUGUGUGUUGGGUACUAUGUGGAUAUUUGGAGUGUUCCAGUUCCAAGAGGAGGGGACAGUGGUCAUGACAUAUCUCUUCACUAUCCUCAACUCUCUACAGGGAGCACUGCUGUUCAUCAUGCACUGCCUACUGAACAAAACGGUUAGAGAGGAGUAUGGCAAGCUCCUGUCCUGUAUCUGCACACCACAGAAGAAGAGAUACUCGGAGUUCAGCACUACCAACCCUUCCUCCAGCCAAUCCCAGGGGUCAAGGGAUCCCCAAAAUACAGGGGGGUUGCAGAUAUGAUGACAUCACCGAACCCCCACAAUGCACCUCUUUACUCCCCUUCCCUUUUCCGGCCUGGUCAGUAGAAAAUGUGCCCUACUAUCCCGGCUGGUUAGUAAAAAUGUGCUCUAUCUAGAACCUAAAAUGGUUCUUCGGCUGUACCUGUAGGAGAAUCCUUUGAAUAACCCUUUUUUGGUUCCGGAUAGAACGUUUUUUUUGUUCUAGG